CCAGCAGCCGGGAGCCGAGCCGGGACGACCGCGCGGGCUGCGCCGGCGAUGCCGCGCCCCCGGGCUGGGCUGUAGCGGGGGCGCUGCGGCUGGAGCGCACGCCGGGCAAGCCGGACAUGGAGGUGGUGGACGAGACGGAGGCGCUCCAGCGCUUCUUCGAAGGCCAUGACAUCAGCGGAGCCCUGGAGCCCUCCAACAUCGAUACCAGCAUCCUGGAAGAGUACAUCGGCAAGGAGGAUGCUGCCGACCUCUGUUUCCCUGACAUGGCGGCCCCGCCUGGUGUGGCCUCCUACCCCCACGGGCAGCCCGCCAUCCCCAGCUCCAGCGGGCUUCACCACCUGAGCCCCCCAGGAAGCGGACCCUCCCCGGGGCGCCAUGGCCCCCUCCCACCCCCAAGCUACAGCACCCCACUCAACUGCAAUAACAACAACGGCAUGGGGGCUACUCCUAAGCCCUUCCUGGGGGGCUCUGGGCCCCCCAUCAAGGCUGAGCCGAAGGCCCCCUACGCCCCAGGCACACUGCCAGACUCGCCCCCAGACUCAGGCUCCGAGGCCUACUCCCCCCAGCAGGUGAAUGACCCCCAUCUCCUGCGCACCAUAACCCCAGAGACCCUGUGCCACGUGGGAGUGGCCUCCCGCUUGGAGCACCCGCCCCCACCUCCAGCCCACCUGCCAGGCCCCCCACCACCCCCACCUCACUACCCUGUCCUGCAGCGGGACCUAUACAUGAAGGCUGAGCCUCCCAUCCCCCCCUACGCUGCCAUGGGGCAGGGUCUGGUGCCCACAGAUCUCCACCACGCCCAGCAGUCGCAGGUGCUGCACCAGCUGCUGCAGCAGCACGGAGCCGAGCUCCCCACACACCCCUCCAAGAAGAGGAAGCACUCCGAAUCCCCCCCCAACACCCUCAAUGCUCAGAUGUUGAAUGGAAUGAUCAAGCAAGAGCCGGGCACCAUGACGGCCCUGCCCCCGCACCCUGCCCGGGCCCCGUCCCCACCCUGGCCUCCCCAGGGCCCCCUCUCACCAGGCCCUGGUUCCUUGCCCCUCAGCAUUGCCCGCGUCCAGACACCGCCUUGGCACCCCCCGGGUGCACCCUCCCCAGGUCUCCUGCAGGACAAUGAUAGCCUGAAUGGCUCCUACCUAGACCCUAACUACCAGUCCAUCAAGUGGCAGCCACAUCAGCAGAACAAGUGGGCGACGCUGUAUGAUGCCAACUAUAAGGAGUUGCCUAUGCUCACCUACCGCGUGGACGCUGACAAAGGCUUCAACUUUUCGGUGGGUGACGAUGCUUUCGUGUGCCAGAAGAAGAACCACUUCCAGGUGACAGUGUACAUUGGCAUGCUGGGCGAGCCCAAGUACGUCAAGACGCCGGAGGGCCUCAAGCCCCUCGACUGCUUCUACCUGAAGCUGCAUGGAGUGAAGCUGGAGGCCCUGAACCAGUCCAUUAACAUCGAGCAGUCGCAGUCUGACCGGAGCAAGCGGCCUUUCAACCCUGUCACGGUCAACCUGCCCCCUGAGCAGGUCACCAAGGUGACAGUGGGGCGGCUGCACUUCAGUGAGACCACGGCCAACAAUAUGCGCAAGAAGGGCAAGCCCAACCCUGACCAGAGGUACUUCAUGCUGGUAGUAGCCCUCCAGGCGCACGCGCAAAACCAGAACUACACGUUGGCUGCUCAGAUCUCAGAGCGCAUCAUUGUGCGGGCCUCGAACCCGGGCCAGUUUGAGAGCGACAGUGAUGUGCUAUGGCAGCGGGCUCAGAUGCCCGACACCGUCUUCCACCACGGCCGAGUGGGCAUCAACACCGACCGGCCAGACGAGGCGCUGGUUGUGCAUGGCAACGUCAAGGUCAUGGGCUCGCUCAUGCACCCCUCAGACCUGCGGGCCAAGGAGCAUGUGCAGGAGGUGGACACCACAGAGCAGCUGAAGAGGAUCUCACGCAUGCGGCUGGUACACUACAGAUACAAGCCUGAGUUUGCUGCCAGUGCGGGCAUCGAGGCCACCACGCCAGAGACUGGUGUCAUAGCCCAGGAGGUGAAGGAGAUCCUGCCGGAGGCAGUGAAGGACACAGGGGACAUGGUCUUUGCCAACGGGAAAACCAUAGAGAACUUCCUGGUGGUAAACAAGGAGCGCAUCUUCAUGGAGAAUGUGGGGGCUGUGAAGGAGUUGUGCAAGCUCACCGACAACCUCGAGACCCGCAUCGACGAGCUGGAGCGCUGGAGCCACAGGCUGGCCAAACUGCGGCGCCUCGACAGCCUCAAGUCCACGGGCAGCUCCGGCGCCUUCAGCCAUGCCGGAAGUCAAUUCAGCCGAGCAGGCAGCGUCCCCCACAAGAAGAGGCCCCCCAAGGUGGCCAGCAAGGCGUCCUCGGUAGUCCCGGACCAGGCCUGCAUCAGCCAGCGCUUCCUGCAGGGGACCAUCAUCGCUCUGGUGGUGGUCAUGGCCUUCAGCGUGGUGUCCAUGUCCACACUGUAUGUGCUGAGCCUGCGUGCUGAGGAGGAGCUGGUGGAUGCAGACGGCUCUUUUGCCGUGUCCACUUCCUGUCUUCUGGCCCUGCUCCGGCCCCAGCACCCUGGGGGGAGUGAGGCCAUGUGCCCAUGCAGGUCCAGCCAGAGCUUUGGGGCCACUCAGCUCCGACAGUCCCCUGUGACCACUGGGGUGCCUGGCGUCCAGCCAUCCGUGCUGCUGGUUACCACCAGCCCAACCAGCUCAGCCCCAGGCCCCCCUCUCCGCACCUUGGACCUGUGCUCCAGCCAGCCCUGCCCUGUGGUCUGCUGCUCUGCGCCCACCCCCGGCCCUGCCUCAGAAGCGAGCCUGGGCCCCAGCUCUGACCCUCGUCCCAGUGCCAGCCCCAGCCCUGCCACCAACCACUCAGGCUCCAGCCAGAUGGCCCUGCUGCCUGUCACCAACAUCAAAGCCAAGUCCUGGGGGAUUUCAGCCAAUGGCAUUGGCCAUUUCAAGCAUCCCAAGAGCCUGGAGCCGGUGGCUAGCCCCGCAGUCCCUUUCCCCGGGGGGCAGGGCAAGGCCAAGAACAGCCCCAGCUUCGGUUUUCGUGGUCGGCCCCGCCGAGGAGCCCCCGAGCCUAGCGUGGGCUCUGCCCUGCCCACUCAGAGCCAGGCCCAGCCAGACCCUGUGCCCUCCCUGACCUCCAUCCAGCUUCUGGAGAAUUCCAUGCCCAUCACCUCCCAGUACUGUGCCGCCGGGGAUCACUGCAGGCCUGGAAACUUCACCUACCACAUCCCUGUCAGUGGCAGCACCCCACUGCACCUCACCUUGACCCUGCAGAUGAACGCCUCUAACCCCGUGUCCGUGGUGCUGUGCAGUCUGACGGCCAGGGAGGAGCCGUGUGAGGAGGGGGGCUCUCUGCAGACUCUGCACCCCCACCAGGACACCCAGGGCACCUGUCAUCAGUGGCCAGUGACCAUCCUGUCCUUCCGUGAAUUCACCUACCACUUCCGAGUGGCAGUGCUGGGCCAGGCCAACUGCAGCUCAGAGGCCCUGGUGCAGCCAGCCACAGACUACCACUUCCACUUCUACCGCCUCUGUGACUAGCCGUGCGGGGCCGGGCCCCGCCCUCCACACUGGAUGCCAUGGUGUUAGCCUGGAGCCUGCUGCCCCGCGGCUCCGGGCCGUGCCCGCACUGCUCUCCCCGCCUGGGGAAACUGGAAGUCUUCACACUGGAGCAGCUGUGCCUGCUGGCGGCCCUCGCACGACCGAGGGCGGGAGAGAUGGACGACCCUCGUCCUGGGCCGGCCGGUCCAGACCCAGUGGCCGGCAGGGGACUAGGGGAAGCGGUGGCCCUGACUUCUCCAGAUCCACUCGUGCUGCCUCCGCGUCCGAGGUGGGAGAGAAGACCCGCCAGGAACUCGGGCCCACCCCUCGAAGACGUGGCUGGAGGCUAACGUCCAUCUUGAGCAGGCAGCCCGUACCCUUGGUGCUGUUUGUUCCCUGGGGGACAGUGUGAUAGUGGAUUUAGGGGUUUGACUGUUACGCUGGACUCGGCAUUCUAAGCUUUAAGAGCAUGGCUCCCCGGCAUUCCCAGGGCAGCCAAAGCAAGGCCAGCCCCACAGGGCUGGCGACGACCAGCGACCGCCUGGUGAAACCACCCACAGUCCUUUG